GUUAAUAUUUCUAUUUGUGAGAAAAAAUUAAGACAAUCGUGAAAAGUGCGAAAAUGAUCAAAGUGGAAGUUCCUUUCGUAAAUAACUUUUUUAUUAUUAAUGCGCGUAAAUACAAUGCGUGAGUUUUUAUUGUUUUCGAACUCUUUUGUUCGCGGUUGAUGAUAAGAUUCAAUUUGCGAUAAGAUAGUCGGAUGCCAAGAUAAAACGUUAUUGUAAAAUGUGUCCUUUUUGCAAGAUAAUUACACAUUGAGGAGGUACUUAACAAAGAAUAUUGAACAAAUGGUGUAAUUAUUAUUAAUAUCUAAUUAAUGAGAAUAUUGGAAAUCGCGAUAUAAUAUUCAAUUAUUAUUUUAUGUUUAAGUGUUCAGUCCGAUAAAUAAUUUUUAAUUGUGAAACGAUUAAAUAAAAGUAAAGUUUAUGAGUGAAAAUUCUGAAUUCUGAUGCAAACAUCAGUUUACAUCCCUUAUGCUCGAACGUAUAUGGCACCACCAAUGGAAUGGCCAAUUCAUUCUCUAUUAACGGAGACAGAACGUCUUGAGCUGGAAUAUGAUGCAGACUGCACAAAUCGGUCAUUAGCAACAUUGCUGGUAGCAUGGCUUGGAGCGGCAAUGGUGGCAUCAGUAUUACUCCGAUGGAAGUACAUGUGGAUUGCCCUAGCUAUAUUAACAUUGCUUUUUCUAAUUGCUUGUGGAUAUGCUGCCUGCAGUGCUCGUCGUUCUCAUGAAAGAAUCGUUUACGAAAAUGGAGACAGGCAUAUCGUCAGAAGAAGGAGACACUCUCUCGAACAUGUUCAAACUGUUUCGAGAGUAGUGGACAAUAAUUAUAUUGUGGAACCACCUUCAUACCAAACAUUCUGGGUACAAGACCUACCGCCAACCUACUCGGCCGUGGUGAGGACUCAGGUUCCAGCAUCAAUUCCAGAUUAUCGGUUGACAUCAGCGGAUGACCCACCAAUUGGUCCAAGGUUAUCGAAUCCACCGUCCUAUUCAAUUGCGAUUGGAUCUAACCACCCGACCGCACAGAUUGGUCAACCGGCGAACCGAACCCUGGAACCAAAUGUACAGAAUUUCCAGUCCAUGAAUCAACCUGGAGGUCAACCUUGGACUCUACCACCUGGACAUCACAUUGUUAGAAGACAAUCUUUUUCGGAAAUUGCCCAACCGAAUGAGGACAAAGUUCCGAAGGAACGACGACGUUCUCAAAGUUUUGGUGUUUUAUCAUCUGGAACAGGAUAUCUGAGCAAUAUAAUUAGCUGCACCUUCAGCAGGGGUGAGAGGAGGACCAACGUUGAGCAAAAUGAUCAUCCACCUCUCACAAGCGAGCAGAGGAUUGUCAUCAGUCAAAUAAAUUCAGGAAGAAACAAUUCUAAGGACUUAAAAAUUUAAGAUGGAGUUGAAAAAAAGCUGUGCCAAUUAGAAAAUAAUAUUUUUGUAUUACUAAAAUAUUUUUAAUUGUUAAGAUUAGAGUAAGAACGAAUACAUUUUUUAUUAAAAAAAAGAGAAAAGGAAAAACUUGGACAAAUUUUAUUAUUAACUUGACUUCUUUUAUUUAUUUGUCAUCGUUAUACUUCUUGACGUCACUUGACACAUCAGUCAUGAGUAAAUCCAGUGCAAUAAAAGAUAAUAUUUUAUAAUACCUCAAGAAAUGAACACUUUGCUCGUAAAACAAGACGCAGUUUCAUUUUAUUGGCCCAUUUCUCUAAGGAUAAAUCUCUGUGGAUUUGUAAAUAUUUCUUGAAAUUAAAUCAACAAAUAGUGUAUGUGUAUUUUUGCAUGAUUGUAAAUAUACGUUUCACAUGAUUGUUUUAUAGCUAUCGUAUACGAUUAAAAGAAAUUUACUGUGUAAAGAAUUAUGAUUUAGGAAUUAAUUUUUAACCAAUUAUGACUGCCAGGAAAACUAUAAAAUUCAGAUUUGUAAAAAAGAAAUAAUUGCUGCGA